AUGUUUGGAGUGUAUGCAGUCGGCUGGAUGGAUCAGCCGCAGCUGGAAUUAGAUUUGAAAUCGUUCCUCCUCUUCAGUUCGUUCAUUGUGGCAGUUGAUCCGGUUGCUGUGCUUUCAAUUUUUCAAGAUAUCGGAGUGCAUUUGGGUCUUUAUUAUUUGAUAUUUGGUGAAUCUCUACUGAACGAUGCGGUUACUGUGGUACUCUACGAGGUGCAAAUUUUGCUCAUUUACGGUGGCCUACGUGGUGCAGUCUGUUUGUGUUUGGCCAUUCUAGUCAAACCGCAAUAUUUUCGUGUGGACGGGAUGCAUAAACGUGACCUAAUGAUCACAACCUCAUUGUUCAUUAUUCUAUUUACUAUCGGUCUGAUGGGAUUAACCAUGAAACCGUUGGUUAAAUGGCUGAAAGUCCCGUUGCAAAAAGAACAACCGUUGAGUUUGUUCAAUCAAUUAAAUGAGCAUAUUGUGAACGAGUGUUUGUGUGCGGUGGAAAUAAUCAGUGGUGAACGGGGUCGAAAUCUGAUACGGGAUUGGUUUAUUCACAUAGACGAUCGAUAUAUUCGCCACUGGUUACAACGGGAUCCGGAAACACAUGAUCAGAAAAUUCUCAAUCUGUACAAGCAGAUCACACUUCAACUACACUACGCGAUGAUUGUGCCCGAUUCACCGCAUAAACAUGCGCAACAGUUGUCCGAAUCGAUCAGACUUAUUGAUUCGAGAGUUAGAAGUUCGGGUGGAUCAGAGGGGGAAUUGAUUUCACCGGAUAUGUGGUUUGAUCCGAGCAGACAAGGUGAUGAUAUUACUCUUCCGAUAAUCCAUACCAACUCGUCCGAUGAAAUGUCUAUGGAUGAGGCAGUCUCCCCGAGAAAAUGUUUAACCAAUCGAAUACGAUCAAGAAUUGUGCGAUUUUUUAAUCGAUGUAAUUGGGCACGACUGUGUCAUCGGGGUAAGAGAAAACCGCGUGCCAGUGGGACAACAAUAGACUCAAUCUUCAUGGCCGAUAUGUCCAUAUAUUUUCGAAACAGUCGUCAUGCGAGCUUUUUAGGUCGUGACCGACACCCGAUCGAUUUCACAGACAAUCUGGUGAACAAUCUGGUCUCAAAAUCGAUGAUCGCCAGAAAUUACGAUCGCCUCAGUCAUUAUUCACAACUGGAUCGGACCAGAUUCAGUUCGCUGAGCACAAUCAAUCAGCCUAUCCUGUUGCAAGAGGAACGUCCCAUCCAGAUUGGUAAAUNUGGCCAUCCGGGCGAUGGGUAA